AUCCAAUUCCGAUCCAGAUCCCCACCACCUUCACCUCCGAUCCAGAUCCCCUCCUCCUCCUCCCGCGGCCGCACGGCGCGCCAGUUGCCCUUCUUCCGCGACCUGGCCUCCCCCGUCCCGUCCCACCGCGGCGGCCCCCACUUCGCCUCUCCCGCGGCCGCCCUGCCCUCCGCACGCCGCCGUCGUCGCGGCGUCGCUCCCCACCCGCCCGGCCGCACCCACCUCCGGAGCAGGAGGAUGCCCGAGCUGACCAGGAGGACACCCUUCUGCACCUCGGCCACCACACAAGGUUAACACCUGGAGAGGCUCGAGCUAUGAGCAACGAGCUGUUGCUGCUGCCGCUGGAUGCUCCAGUGGCGAAACCUCCGUCGAUUCCCUCCACGGCCACUACCACUACCCUAGCUACCGCCGCCGACGGAACCACCACCAUAUCCUCGCUCGGCCAAGACCAGCUCCUUGAGAUCUUCCUCCUCCUGCCGAGCCUGCCGGCCCUCGUCCGCGCCACGCUCACUUGCCGCUUGUGGCUCGGUGCUGUCUGCUCCUUCCGCAACCUCUUCCGUGCCCUCCACCCGGCGCCCCUCAUCGGGAUCUUCCUCGAUGUCGACAAAGGCAAUGUCCGCUUGUUCGCCCCCUUCAGCCACUCAGAUCCCGGCGUCAAUAAGGACAUUACAUUGGCAGAUUAGCGCAAUUUUUCCUUUUCAUUUUUCUUAUUAUUGGAGUGAGGAUGUUAGAAUGAGGAAUUGUAUGAUAGUAGAUACGGCAACAGUGUAAUAGUAUAAUCAGGAAUAACGACAUUUCCAUCA